UGCGAGGUAAAAAUCAUCGUUCAUUCAGGUGGUGGCUGGCGGUGUUUAAGAAGGUAACGCAGGGAGGACUGUUGGAUUGCAAUUACUCAAGAUUUUCAUAUAUUGCUUGAACAUUGAGAAUCAUUCUUCAUCACUGUAUAAACCAGAAUCACGUUUUGGAAUGGCCGUCGAGGGAAGUAGUUACAUGUCUGCGGCUUACCGUUAUCACGAAGGUUUUUUAGAGAAGAGAGGACCAAAGGAUAAGGACUUUGUGAAACUCUGGACAGUACUGCGUCAGUCAACGCUUUAUUUUUACACAAACAAAGUUACCAACUUCAACAGAGACAGCACGCCUGUUGAUACAGCUGAUUUAGAUUUUGAUUAUCAGCCGCAGAUUGAAAAAGACAGAAGCUGCUUCAAGUUUUUCGUCAAAUGUAACAAAAAUACGAAAUACAAAUUCCGAGCAACAUCGUCGGAGGAUAGAGAUACAUGGAUUGUGAAGAUUUUUGCUGUCACUAUGGGAAAGGUACCAGAACAUAUAUGUUUACUACCUGGCCAGAUACAAGAUGUGAAUGAAAUAAUUGCAGCAGAAAAACAGAGAAGAAACAGGGGAUCAUUUUCACCACAAUGCCCUUCAACACCUUCAUCGUCAAGACAAGGGGCCGCACCGAAGAUUCCUGCCUCAGAAAGACCAAAUUUAUUGUGCAACGAUCCUUACUUCUUCUUCCCACCACAUCUCCAGAAAGCAUACACAGGGAAAGGUCCAAGUUGGUUUUUUAAUAAGCUUUCUCGUGACCAUGCUGAACAAAUCCUCAACAAGAACACACAUGUCGGAGAUCUUUUAAUACGUGAGAGCGAGACGCACCCUGGGGAGUUCUCCCUCUCCGUACGGCAAGAAUCCCAAGGGAAGAUUGUUGUACGGCAUUAUCGAUUCCGAAGGCAGGGUGAUGCAUACAAAAUGCAUAUUGAUGAUGAGCAUGCUCCAUUACCCACCAUGUAUGACCUCAUCAAAUUUUUUGUUGAAAAAAGUGGAGGCAACCUAAAACCAAUGCAAACCAAUGACUUCCGACAGCUGAAACUUCCGCACAGUCUUUAUGAAGAGGGACUCUCUAUUGGCAAGUACGAACUCAGCCUUCCUCCUCGUCGUUUUUCUGAACCUCUAGUACAUCAUCCUUAUCCAAAGGAUCCUGAGAAUGGAGAGCGGAGUCCCCUGGACUCAUCCCCGGACGAUUACCUACCCCCAAUGAUACAUCAAGGCAGCAUCGCUGGGCACCAGUCAGAAUUUCCAAAUGUCAUUCGAGGAAUUCCGCAACAUGUAGGCUACUACAACGUUCCAGAAGCACAGCUUCCAUUUGAUGAUGUUCCAAAUCAUCCACCACCGCCAACACCAACCAGAAGACAAACAGUAUCAACAACAGGACCCGUGCGAAGACCAGAGGUUCCUCCACCCAGAGGUCGCCGGCAAUCAGAACCAGCGAAUAAACCGAAUAUGAUGACAAGCUUGACGCGGAGUGCCACGCGGCCCGCAACCUCACAUCAUCAAACCCUAAGGACAGGUUUGUCACAUUUCAAUUCAUGGCACGGAGGCCAGGCGCCAUGCACUACCGUUGAUACAAUGCAUGACUUUAGUCGUAUCUCAAUAUCUGACACUCAGGGAAGAGCAACUGUUAACAACGUGGGUGCGCCCCCAACGCCACCCGCUAAUACGACUGAUGAUAACUAUCUGGAAAUGGUGACACCGAGCUCUCUCAAAUCCUAAAGAAGUUUAACAUCAAAAGCUCAUGAAGAAAAUGAUGAAUAAUCUGGAUAGUGAUUAUCCUUGGUCAGAGGUUAAAGUUCAUUGGGAUUUCUAUUUCAGCAUCAAGUCAAUUUAAAACAUUGAAAUCAAUUUAAAAUGUGUCAAGCACUUUCUUGUGAGAAGUCAUUAGUGAAACUACCCCUUCAUUAUACAGUGUUAAUUGAUUGCUAAAGUUUUUUUUCAUUAUAUCAGUACAGUAACACUUUUUGUUAUGAAAAUUGAUGUGGAGACAGCUAUGAUGCAACAACAGAUUUAAGGUUGAUAUAUGGUUAAAGCAUGAUGAUAAUGUUAUAGAUUUAAGAAUUGAUGUUGCCAUGGUUAUAGAUCAUGAAUUGAUGUUGCCAUGGUUAUCAGGGAUUGAGGUUUGGUGUUGUCAAGGCUACAGUUGCUAUGUCACAUUACAAAACAGGUGAAUUUUAUAUUUCCUUAUUAAGGAACGAGUGUGUAAGAUUGUAGUUAAGAUAUUCUGCAGUUUGUGGCUUUCGUUAAUUAGGAGAUUACUCAAUGGAUCCUUUACAGGGUAUAUCUUGACAAUGUAAGCCACAAAACAUUUAACAUCUGUCAAUAUCUGCAACUCUUGUUCAUGAAAUUGCCAAAUCUUCAAUAUAACAGUAGAAUUUAGUUAUUUAUUCUAAGUGACAUUGAAAAAAAAUAAGGCAAUUUACCAUUCAAUAGUAUGUAACCUAGUACUGGUGGCUGGAGCAAAGCUGCCUAACAGGGUAUCUGAUGAUUCCCAGCAGAGGCCAAUGGGUAGACAGGGUCCAAAGACGAAGAUUUAUUGGGGUUUUUUUUUGUUUUUUUUUUUUGGUUUUUUUGGGGGGGGGGUGUGUGUGUGUGCAGGUGGCUAAUCCUUGUGGAACUCAGAGACAAUGGGCAAUUUUUUAAGCUGUUCUGUGAUCUAUUAGAAUGUAUUAUAAAAAUUGCUUUUAGUUUGGCAAGUAGUGGCCAAUAGAGGCUUGAUUUUCCCUCCCCCUGCUGACUAUGCCACGGCCCCAGUGUCAAGCCUUACUAGGAGCAUAUUAGUUAACCUAAUAGCAGUACAAAUAUAGUGAAAAUGUCUGUAAGACUAAUGUAUAUAGAACUGUUGAGUGUGUGUAUAUGUAGGAGAGUGACAAGGGAUAUUAAUUUGAACUGUGAUGGUUAUAUUUUAAUUCGAUUUUAAUUGAUAUAAUUCAAAGGAGGAUGUUAAAAGUGUGAUAGGAAAUGAACAAUGAAAUGAUUUCUCCUGUCAUCUAAAAUGACCGAGAACACAUUGCCAAGCAAUAUUCCUUUGUAAAUAUAGUAAAUAUUGAAUCUUGUACGUUAGCUCGCAAGACUAUCUCAUAUAUUUUAGUCUUUGGAAAAUGGUGUUCUCAUUCUUUCUUUCUUUGUUGCGAGUCUAUUCCAUGGGAAGUUUCAAUUAUUCAAUUAAUUUUUUUUAAAUAACAAAAUAUAAGUUUCUGUGCACUUACAUAUGUGCCCUGGGGGGAGUAGUUAAAUGCGAAAGUAAGCCAUUGAGCAUCCUGCACUAAAAAUAGCAUUUAAAAUUCAAACAAACAGGAUGGUAAUAAUAAUCAAUUUAAGAUUCAUGAGAAUAUUAUUUUUUUUUAAAUAUCAUUUUAAAUUUAAUCUUGAAAGCAUAUUAUAUUAUAUUAAAUAAUAUACGAGGAAUGAUUUACAGUAGCAAGGCUUUGGAGUCAAGUGAAGUACAAUCAUGUUGCUUGAUCCUUUGGCCAAAACACUUUACGGUGCAUAAAUUGGCACCUGUUUGGAUGUGUAUGCUUUAAAAUGAAAUUGCUCUUUUUGAAUUAAAAUGCACAACUUGGAAUACUUCCCAGAAAGAGUUGAUCGUUGAGUAUGGUUGAUUACAUAUUCAACAAUCAAAAAAAUGGUGCUGUAAAUUGAUAAAUAAAAUAAUGUAAAAGAGGAAGUUCCGGAUAUGUGAAUUUUUGUUAAUGAAUCAAAAAUGCAUAUUGUUACUGUUUCCUUGUCAUACCCCUCGCAGGAACAAUUAUCAUUCCCACGGUUGUUCCACUACUCUUGCUUCUUGCAUUCCAGUACUAUCCAUAUCCUCUCCUCUUCCUGUUUUGCUCAUGUUUUACAGUCAUGGUUUGUGUCAUGUAAAUUUGUAAUAUAUAGGCCUAAAUGCAAUAAAGUUUUAAAAGGAAUUUGUAUUAUUUCCCAGAGGGCGCUAUUCUCAUCUUAGGCUGUUUCUUGUUAUGAGGAAUUGAUUUUUAAGCUGAAAAAUGUUCUUAUUGAUAAUUUUUAAUCAAUGUAAGCAAGAUACUUAAGUGUAAAUAUUGUUUAUAAACAUUUUUUUAUGGAGCAGUCAUAGGUUUUGAAUAAGUAACAACCUAUAUUGUAGAUGAAUGUGUGUAUAAUUUAAAGUUUAAAAAUUUAAUUUAUGCAAGUUACAAAUGUUUUAAACCCAGUUGUAAAAUUAAAGUAUAAUGCAAUUACUGUAUAAUUCUUCAUUUAAUUUAACAAUACAAGAGCACCAUUUUGUACAUAGGCUAUAUGGUUGUAGUAGGUACAUAAAAUUAUAUAAUAAUCAAUAUAGAUAGAUAUUAGUGAAAGUGAUACAACUGUAUUUUCAAAUAAACAAGACAAAAACAAAA